GUCAGCACAACAACAUCCACAGCAAGGUGUGUGUGAUGCCCGAGCUUUUACCUUCAGACAAGACCUUCAGCCGGCUUGUUAAGCAGCCAGGACUGACAUUCAGCCUGAAAGGUCAAACACUGUGAGGGUGGAGUCCAAUGGAUCAUGGUGGUCAGUUUGAGAUAAAGGGCAGAGUAAUGUCUCAAGUGCCUGUGGACGGGGUUGACCUCUGCGAUAACCUUCCCAACACAGAACAUGUCACUGCUCAAUCUGGAAACCUCAACGACACAAAGACGCUCACACAGAGUCAGAGUGAGGAGGGGGGAGGGGGCAGGCUCAUCCAGAAAAACUCCUUCAGCAACAAUGGGAAGAAUGAGGAGGACGACGAGGGUAGGGAAGGAUACUCAGAGGAGGAAGACUUUGAUGAGAUGAUGAAAGAUGAUGAGGAGGAGGAAUCGAGCAGUCUGAUCCACUGCCAGUCUCUAGACACUCCCAUGACUGAUUCUUCAUAUUCAGAAACUGGCAGUCUGUUGGAGACUCCAUAUCCCUUCAGCCCUGGGACCAGUCCUGAGCCCACAUCCCCUGUCAUUCCAGUGAUCAGCCCAGAAUCCUCAUAUCCCAUCAGUCCGGUGGACUUCAGUCGCAGUGACGUCAAAGUGGACCCUGAUGUGUCAGUUUCCUUCACCACGGGGCCUUUAAAGUCUAAUCCACUAACUACAACCACAGACACAAAGGCCACCAGUCCAACGCAGCCGGAGUGUAUCACCGAAGCAAAAAGUACAGACUCUGCUGUAGUACACGUUACCUCAUCUUCAGAGCCUGUUUGCAACCACAAGCCUGACACUUCACAUGCAGGACCUAUCACCUCUACUGCAGAGACAUUCACAGUUGCAAGUCUCAACACAUCCAUCUCUUCCACGACCAUGUGUGCACCAACUACGGCCCGUGCUUCCACCACAGGGCCUACAUCUACUGGGACAGAAUCCACCUUCACCACAGGACCCAUGACUUCCUCGUGUUUGUCAGUUUCUACCUGCCCACGUGGGAGUAUUCCAAGCCCUGCUCUACUGGAGGCCCUUGAGCAGUUGGCACAGAGAGGGGAUGACUCUCACCUUCCUCAUUACCUUCACCAGAUUGCCGAGGCCUUUGUCCUUCACAGAGACUACCAGCGAGCUUUAUGGUGCAUCCAUCUAGAGAGACUCUAUCACCAGAGGUUACUGGACAACCUGAAUAUACUACAGCAGCAGUGGGAGAGUCAGUGUGAAAGGACUUCGUCAGACCUGGCAACACAACAUCUGGACCCUCUUACACAUAUCUGCCAGACCCACAGUCGGCCAAGUGGUUGUGAUGCUGCGUGUUCAUCUCUGGACUCUCUGAGGCCUACAGAAGAAAGUGAUUCACUGCCUUCAUGUACCUCAGGCCACCAGGUUGACAGAGGGGCAGAGCAGAUAGCCAAAGACUCCUCCCGUCGUCAGAUCAGUGACUCAGUCAUAACCUUUGAUAAUUUGCCUGAUAAGCUCAGUUUCCCUGACGUUUCAGAUCAGCACAGAGAAAACUCAGAGAGCGAGGUAGAAAAGAGGGAUGAUCCCUGUGGCUGUCAGCUGACUGAAGAGCAGAGCAGUGACAGGGAGGGAGGAGAGGCAGAGAGAGGGGUGGGUCAUACCACUUCAACCAAAGGCAAUGGUCUGCACCCCUCUACAGCUGGAGAAAUGGAUCAGCCCAAGCCCGCAGAGCAGCAAGGAGGAGAUUUAGGUCUCGCAGAGGAAAAGGAGGCAAAAAGGGAGGAGGAGCAGGGGGACGUGGAGGAAGCAGCAGAGGCUUUGGAGAUGGAAGAUGAGGGAGAGGAAGAAGAUGAGAAGUGUAAGGGAAGAGACUCUGCGCUUUGUCAGACAGCUCUCUCAGUGGAUACUCUGGUCAGUGGGACAGAUGUGGCGGUAGAACAGCUACACCAGGAAGCCCGGGCUGAAGAGAAACGACACGAGGACAACCAGGCGAGCACUGAAACCUGCCUCCACCAGGAGGCCCACCUCACUCAGGAGGCUCAUGUCGAGCAGACAGAGCAGGAAGAGGAGGAAGAGGAGGAGGAGGAGGAGGAGGAGUAUGAAUAUGAAGUCGAGCCAGCUGACAUCAUCAGAGAAGCUGUUUCACUGGAUGACAUGGCUAAACUCAUCACUGUAGAAGAGAUGUCUCCUGCCUCUGGCCUGGUCUCCAUAUUGAAGAAGAGGAGUGUGCGUGUGCACACCGUGACUUUGUCUUCAAGCUCAGAACCCCAGCAGGAGAAAUCCACUGCCAAAAGACGAGUUCACUUCAAAGUUCCUGAGGACGAUGACCAAGAAGUUGGCAGUAGUGACUCCUGCCUGCUUCUCUUCCUGCUGUGUCUGGUCACUGUAGUAAUCAGUGUGGGUGGCACCGCCCUGUACUGUGCUCUGGGUGAUGCCCACUCCUCCGUCUGCCAGGACUUCUCCCGAAAUGCAGACUUCUACAUUGGGCAGAUACAGCGCGGAAUGGCUCAUAUCCAGCACUGGUUCAGCCCCGGGUUGUAGCAGCGGACAGUGAGUUAGCACUGUAGAGCCUCUGCUGGCCUUACUCUUUUCUACUGCAGCUGCCUCUGCUGCUUACUUGGACAAUGUUUUUGGAGAUAAUGGUGCCAGAGGGUUCCCUCCUGCUGUUUGGAGUAAGUGGCUUUUUCUCGCUGCCUAAUUGUCAAAGGAUUAGAUCAGACACAGUUAGCAUAUGAGCCUGUUCUCUGGCAUUUCUUAAUGCACUGUAAAUAUCAUUUUAGGUUUCUCAGAUACUGAAAGUCAUAGAUAAGAUGUCCCAUAACAAUAAGAGCUGAGAUUUGUCUUCAUAUGUACGUCUACAAUCGAAAAGCGAGUGUCGAGAUGUUUUGGAGUAGAGCUGUGUGAGGUACACGUACAUAGUCAUUAUAUUUCAUGCAGAUGACUGCGCUCUGUGUGCACACUUUUGCUGAGAAGCAGCAAAGGGCAAGUGGGGCCCAAGCUCAUUGAUCGU